UAGUCACGUGCAAUGCAGGAGGCAGGUGAGACCCAAACGGGAAGGCAAAAUCUAGGAGCUGCUGCCUCAUUCUCCCCCUCGCUUCCCUUUUCUUUCUUCAUAAUUCAAAUAAAUAAAUAAAUUAAAAAAAAAAAGGCUUUAAUCUCUUUAUUCUGAUUCUUUCUGGAUCCCUAUAAAAUCCACUUUCUAGGGUUCUCUCUCUUGUUCUGUGAUUCAAAUCCCCAUCUGAAACGCUGCCGUUUCAUUUUGCCCACCUGCCCUUCCCUCAAUUCGCCGAAAUGAAGCUCACCGUCAAAACCCUCAAAGGCAGCCACUUUGAAAUUCGGGUUCAGCCCAACGACACCGUUAUGGCUGUGAAGAAAAACAUAGAAGAUAUACAAGGGAAAGAUAAUUACCCAUGCGGGCAACAGCUUUUGAUUCAUAAUGGGAAGGUUUUGAAAGAUGAAACUACCUUAGCUGAUAAUAAAGUCUCCGAAGAUGGUUUUCUGGUUGUUAUGCUUAGCAAGAGCAAGUCCUUGGGUUCAGCUGGGGCCUCUUCUGCUCAGCCUACUUCAUCAACUCCAUCGACAACUGCCCCUGUUUCUAAUCCUACUCCCGCCCCAGAAGCUCCUGCAGAAGCACUGGCCUCAAAGGGCACCGUAUCUGCUUCAGAUGCUGCAACAGCUAAGUAUGUGGUGUUUAUCUCAAAAAGCCUGUAUAUCAGUCCAAACACCGAUACCUAUAGUCAAGCUGCUUCCAAUUUAGUUGCUGUAAAUAAUCUUGAACAGACUAUUCAACAAUUGAUGGAUAUGGGUGGUGGCAACUGGGACAAAGAAACGGUAACUCGUGCACUUCGAGCUGCUUAUAACAACCCAGAACGAGCAGUGGAUUAUCUAUAUUCUGGGAUUCCUCAAUCAGCAGAAGUGCCUGUGCCAGUGGCUCGUUUUCCUACAAGUCAGACCACAGAAACUGGUGCAGCCCCUGUUGCUCCUGUUUCGGGGGCUCCUAAUUCAUCGCCUUUGAAUAUGUUUCCUCAGGAAACACUUUCUGGUGCCGCUGCUGGUGGACUUGGAUCCCUGGAUUUCCUCAGAAAUAACCCACAGUUCCAAGCAUUGCGAUCAAUGGUGCAAUCAAACCCACAAAUUCUACAGCCUAUGCUGCAGGAGCUUGGCAAGCAAAACCCCCAGCUUUUAAGACUAAUUCAAGAGCAUCAUGCAGAGUUUCUUCAGCUAAUAAAUGAGCCUAUCGACGGUUCUGAAGGGGACAUAUUUGAUCAGGCUGAGCAAGACAUGCCUCAUGCUGUCAAUGUUACCCCAGCAGAACAGGAGGCUAUCGAACGACUUGAAGCAAUGGGAUUUGACAGAGCCCUCGUCAUUGAAGCCUUUUUGGCUUGUGAUCGCAAUGAGGAAUUGGCAGCAAAUUAUUUAUUGGAAAACGCUGGAGAUUUUGAGGAUUGAAGGAGGAAUUUGACCUUAUUUGAUUCAUAGUUUUGGUCGACUUAGAUUGAUCUGAGUUAUUUGUUGACAUAUUUACUUGGGUACUGUUUGGGAUUAAGCAUGGAGACUAAUGAGUGUUUUAUCAAUAUUGUUUCUG